UCAGUUCCAGUCCCUGGAGAGCAGUGGGCAUUAGCUGAGCACCAGGGACACAAGCCAGGCAAACAGGACAUGUGGCUGCUCCCAGUUCUCCUACUUUUCCUUGUCCAAGCCCAGUUCUCCAUCAAUGAGGAAAAUUUAAUGAGAGGCACAGAGGGGAAAGCACUGGUGGUGUACUGCAUGUACCCCUCAGGAUUGGAAUCCAAUGCGAAGUUGUGGUGCCGCGGAAAGAACUGGGAAUCAUGCAGAACCCUUGUAAAAACCACUGGGUCAGAGCAACUGGUGAGGAAGGGUCGAAUGUCCAUCCAGGAUGAUCACAGCCAACGCACAAUCACCAUGACCAUGGAGGAGCUGCAGAGGGAUGACGCAGACACCUACUGGUGUGGGAUUGAGAAAACAGACAAAACAAAAAGUUACCAAUUAACUGUGAUUGCCAAACCAGUGACUGUGCAGUGUCACUAUGGUCCACAGUGGGAGACCUUCGUGAAGUCAUGGUGUCAAGAUGCUGAUUUGAAUAGUUGCAACAUCCUUGUUGAAACCACUAGACCACAGUUGAAGAACAUUGUGUCAUUCAACCAGGAAAAGCACAGCUUCUCCAUGACCAUCUUGCGCGAGUAUAAGAACUUAUAAGUAUAAGAACUUAUGAGAAAAAUUAGCUGUUCUUUUUCUGAAGUACUGCCCAGGUACUUCACAGUAUGGCAGUCUUGCUCACGCUGCAAAUCUGAAAUGUUAGGUAAGGACCCAAGCUUAGAAUUCCUUCAUUAUUUCCCACUUUGCUCUUCCUGGGACAUGUUUCAAAAUAACCACUUGAAGUUGAGCCCAUGAAAAAUUAGUGACCUCUGUCCCAACCAUUCCAACCACCCUGUAAGUAACAGGUGCUACCACCCUUCUCUUGGUCUCCUGUUUGCUCUUGGUCUGGGAUGGAGGACUGCCCUUCCCUGGGCUCAUUGGGUGCCUCUCCCCUAGAUCUAUAAACAACAAACUUUAUGACUCUCUUUCCUUUGUGAGGGUGUAUUGAAGCUGUGCCUUCUAUUAAAAUGACUCUGGGAGUUUCAUGGCCCCAGAGUCAUUUUUGGCUAUUGAGGGAGUUCCCUGCCCACCCAUGUGGGUGGCUUGUGCCUCCUCAUUCAGCAGGCCGUGAUGUGCAUAUUCUUAAUUCAGCACACCAGCUCCAGCUCCUCAAUACACAAUGGAGGAACUCAGGCAAGUGAAUGCAGACACAUCCUUGUGUGGAAUUAGGAGACCAGAGCUGGUCGUGGGUCCCAGUUAACCUGACCAUUGACCCAGGGAAGCACUCUUCUCUUAUGUACCAUGUGGCAUCUCCUCAGCAAGAGGGAGAUAGUAAAAAACUGGGGGGAUAUACCAACUUUUAUAUUUAUUUACAGAUUUUUAGAAAGAGAAAUUUUUAAAGUUCACAAAUUGUAGAGUAAAAAAAUGUGUUCUGAAUUCUACCCCAGGCCCCUACACAAAGGUAAGAACUGUAACCUGUGUGUGUGUGUGUGUGUGUGUGUCCUUUGGAGAAAUUCUGUGCACCUGAAGUAGAUAUAUGUGAAUAUAUUUCCUCCCUCAAUGAAAAAUGUCACAUAUUGUUUUAUAGCUUGCCUAUUUUUACUGAAUGUAUUUUGAAAAUCAUUCAUGUUAGUAUCUAUAGUAUUUUGUUUUUAAUGGCUUCGCAACAUAUUGACAUAUCAUGAUUUGUUCAAAUUUUUCACUCCUGAUUGGUAUGUCAGUUGUUUGGGUUUUUUUUGCAACUGCAUGCAGCUGUGUAACAAAUCUGUUGUGUUUGUAGCUUGAUACCCAUUUAUGGCUACACCUGUCUGGUACAUCACUAUAAAAAAAUAGCUGUGUCACUGAUCAGUGCAUUGUUCCAGUUUUGAUGGAUAUUAUCAAAGAGGUUGUAAACAUUUCUACCCUUGUCUGAAUGUGUUAAUA